GUUGAGCUGUCAUAAUCUCUCUCUCUCUCUCUCUCUUAAUUUACUUCAGUAGUUGCUGGUUCUGCUUCUUACUUACUCAACUCUCUAGAGAGAGAGAAAAAAAAUAUUAUAAGAUUGAGAGAUCUAGAUCUGCUGCUGCUUGUUUCUCUCUCUAAAAAAAAAAAUACUGCACUGCUACUUCAAUGGCGUCCAAGCUAGUAAUCAUCAUCGUCUUCAUCCUCGAUAUCAUUGCUUUUGGUUUGGCUGUUGCCGCCGAGCAGAGAAGAAACACUGGCACGCCGAAGAGAGAUGGCGAUGCGUACUAUACUUACUGUGUUUAUCACUCCGACAUUGCGACUGGAUUUGGUGUCGGUGCAUUUCUAUUCCUCAUGCUCAGUCAAUUAAUUGUAAUGAUCGCAAGUCGAUGCUUCUGCUGCGGGCCCCCGCUAAAGCCCGGAGGCUCCAGGGCUUGUGCUGUUCUUCUUUUCAUUCUGUGCUGGGUGACGUUUUUCAUCGCUGAGGUUUGCUUGUUGGCUGGUUCGGUGAGAAACGCUUAUCACACAAAGUACAGGACAGAAUUCUUCAAUGAUCCGCCUUCUUGCGAGACUGUGAGGAAGGGAGUUUUCGGAGCUGGAGCAGCUUUCGUUUUAUUCAGUAGCAUUAUUUCCAAUCUUUACUACGCGAGUUAUUUGAAAUCGAGGGGUGGUGUCAGCUCUUAUGGAGGAGAAACGGGAGUUGGAAUGGCGGCUUAUAAGUGAGUCUCGUUCGAUAAAAAAAAAUAUGGAUUUUAUUGCUUCUUUCUUUUACUUAAUCUUGCUGUAGGAUUCUGGUUUUUAGCUAUAUGAGCAGUGGUUAUGUAAUUUCUCACAAUUUAACUUAGUUUGAUUUUGUUUGUUUUACUUCUCUGUUUUAUUGCAGAACACUUGUUUUAUGUGAUAUGGUAUGUAAACUUUCUUGUAUAGAAGAAAAUGAUCAUAUGAUUUUGUCGAA